GCUGUGUUAAUGACUUUGUAAUCAUUAAUGUCAUUUUUAUAACAGUUCAGCUAAUCUUCAUUCCUUCUGUUAGGAGUUUUUUAUGCUGAUUAUGGACCUUCAUUUAAACAAUGUAAUGGCCAAGCAAAGGAAAGACAGUACCUUUUAAAGCAUAAUAUAAGCAUAAUAUUAGAGCCCAUCAGGUGUCCCUAGUGUCAAAAAUAGUACAGAUUAGAUACCUGGCAUUUCAGACACAAUCGGCAGAACUGAAGAAAGGUGUGAUUUUGGUAAUUGUUUAUAGAAAAUGAGUUGGAAAGAGGAGUGAAAGAGGGAAGGUGAAAUACACGAAAGGGAAAGAGUGAGAGAGGGAGGGAGUGAUGACAGAGUCACCAUUGCAAAACAACAGAUACCCACUCCAUUUACCCCUGUUGCUUCUGCACCAUUAUAACAUAUCCUUACGACAGAUAUGCAAGAAACCGGCCUAUCCAUUAGAGAGAGAGGAAGUGACAAAAUGAGUGAAUCUCGCAUGGAAUUUCGGUUGAAGAAUACCCCGAGUGACUGUAUUCAGAGUGUCAAGUUUGGCCCUUCAUCUUCACAGUUCCUUCUAGUAGCAUCUUGGGACAAAAGUGUUCGCCUUUAUGAUGUCGUCAAUAAUAACAUGCGGUUACAGUAUCAGCAUACAGGCCCUGUUUUGGAUUGCUGCUUCCAGGAUGCUGUCCAUGCAUACAGUGGAGGCUUAGAUGGUCAGCUCAAGACCUUUGAUCUCAACACAAACACAGAGUCUGUGGUUGGCUCUCAUGAUGCUCCAAUCAGGUGUGUGGAAUUUUGCCCAGAAGUAAAUGUUGUGAUCACAGGAGCUUGGGAUUCCAACAUCAAACUCUGGGAUCCUCGUGGACCACGGGAAGCUGGCACUUUCCAACAGCCAAAUAAGGUUUACACCAUGGGCCUUGGUGGAGAAAAGUUGGUAGUCGGGACAUCGAAUAGAAAAGUAAUGGUUUGGGAUCUGAGGAACAUGGGCUUUGCUCAACAGCGCCGAGAAUCUUCUCUCAAAUACCAGACUCGCUGCAUUCAGUGCUUCCCCAACAAACAGGAGCGGGGCUAUGUCGUGUCCAGCAUUGAGGGUCGUGUGGCUGUAGAGUACCUUGACCCGAGCCCAGAAGUCCAGAAGAAGAAGUAUGCCUUCAAGUGCCACAGACUCAAAGAGGAUGGGAUUGAGAAGAUUUUCCCUGUUAAUGCCAUAAGUUUCCACAAUGGUUACAAUACCUUUGCAACAGGAGGUUCUGAUGGGUAUGUCAACAUAUGGGAUGGCUUUAACAAGAAACGUCUGUGCCAGUUCCAUCGUUAUCCAACUUCCAUAUCGUCCCUAUGCUUCAGCAAUGAUGGUAACACAUUAGCAAUUGCCUGCUCCUAUAUGUAUGAACAAGAGGAGAUUGACCCCAUGCCAGAGGACUGCAUCUUCAUCCGUCGUGUGACAGACCAAGAGACGAAGCCAAAAUAAGAAGCUGGAUCAGACAAGGAGCUUGCAUCUCUUACAGUAAUCCCUCUGUCAUGAUGUAGCAAAGAGGGCUGUCCAUUACACGGGUCCAAUGUGUGUCGGUGGGCUCUGGGACGUUAACACUCAUAGUACCUCAAUUUUGUAUAUGGUGGUAUGUAUGUAUGCCAUUCUAUAUAUGAAGUGUUAGUGAAUUUUAAAGUUAUGAUUAGACCAAAUAUUUGACCAGCACUUAUUUAGUGUAGUCAGAUAAAAGGUGCUUCUUUCAUAUCUUUUAAUAGUUUUCUAUGUAUUUUAUUAGUAGCUAGGCAAUUCAGGCCUUAAUUACUUUUUAAGCAAAUUGGUAAAUAUGCUUAAUAACCUCAAAAUGUCUUUGCUAUUGUUUUCAAAGUUCAUUUUCAAAUGGGAUCUUGUGGAUCCUGAAUUCAUAUUCAUACAUUUUCAAGGAAGUCUGAAGAAAAAUACCAGUUAAUGUUAAGAAGACGCUAAACAAAGUGUACAGAAUUUUUGUGAAUGCUUUUGUUGGUUUUAUUUAUCUCCUUGUGGAUAGUUCCUGAAUGCUGAGAGAUACAGUCCAAUUUACAAGACUGGCAGUGUAGAAAAAUGAUUAUCGUAAUCUGUUUAUUAAUGUAUUUUUCAAUUGUAACAGUACAAAAGUGUCAGAGGUUAUUUCACAUAUUUACCACUGCUGCAUAUGCCAAAGUAUGCCUAGGGAGAAUUACAAUGUCAGCAAUAACUACAUAGAAUGGUUCCAUCCUUUUUAGAACUUGAUAGCGUUUGGAAUAUGGCCCACCGACCUCUGCCUUCUCUUUCAUGCCUUUUUUUUUUCUUCUUCUUCUUCUUCUUCUUCUUCUUUUGUCUAAAUUUUAGUUUCCCCAUCAUUAUUAUAUGAACAUUGUAAGUGACAAUUCUUUAUCAAAGAAAAGAAGUGUAUUCUGAAAUUCUUCAACUAGUUUGUGGUAUAAAACAUUUUUAUCUUUUGUUUUAGUUUUUAUUGUCCAGUUCAUGAUUUUUUUUUUUUUUAUUUCUUUGAUGUUGCAGUUUCACAAAGCAUGCCAAAGUUACAGUACAUAAAUGUUAUUGAAGCUUUUGUUUCUUCAGUUAUCAUUAUCAAUAUUAUUAUUAUUAUUAUUAUUAUUAUUAUUAUUAUUAUACCAUUAUGAUUAUAUUUUUAUUAUAUUUAUUAUUAUUACUAUUACCAUUAUUAUUAUUAUUACCAUUAUGAUUAUAUUUUUAUUAUAUUUAUUAUUAUUACUAUUACCAUUAUUAUUAUUAUUAUUAUCAUCAUUAUUAUUACCAUUAUUAUUACUACCAUUUUUUGUCCUCUUGCCAUUUCUCUGCUUGGCUCUUUUUACUGCUUGAAACCUAUAGAUCAUAUUUCUCCUUAAGAAAAGCAAACAAAAAAAAUACUAUUGCCUAUAAAGCUCAAACAGUAUACCAACAAGUGUGAACCCCCAAGCUUGCAUGUAGGUAAAGGUCCAGUACUUUGAGGUACAAGGUAUACUAAAAAUGUCCAUUAAAUUAUUUUGACAUGUAUCUGCAAGAUGUGUUAAGCAUGGGCUUGUGAGAUAUUUAUCUUUUGGAGGAAUUUUUAGAUGACAUUUCCUUAGUGAUAGAACUAUAUUAAAGCUUUCCUUUUACUUAACCUAGUAAUUGGAAGAGUUAUGUGCAUAAUUUUAUAUUUUGAUGAAAAACUAGGGUAGAAAUGCAGAUUCAGUGGAGAUGGUUGAAACUGUCACUGCCAGAAUAAACAACAAUAAAUACACUCAAAGAAGGAUUUCUUUUCUUUUUUUUCUUUUUUUUCUUUUAAGCAAUUAUCUUUUUCUCAAUGAUGCUUGUAAUUUAAAAAAACACCAGAGACUUAGUUCUAGUAUUAAUGCUCAAGAAGGUCAUUCUUGUCAUUCCAUUCAGAUGGCAAUUUUGUUGUUAGUUGCUACUCUUUCAUGUCAACAUUAAUUGGAAAGUAAAGAAUAGUUUUACAGGGUUAUACUUAUGGAGGAAAAUGAAGGAAAUUACGCAUUUUUUUAAAUCUACUUUUCAAUACACAUUACUUCCAUUUUGAAAAUCACUUAACCCAUGGCUUCUACUUUCACUGUUUCAAAGAUAUAAAAAUAAUGAUGACAACCGACAAUUUCAGCUACAGUCACCAUGGAGAUUGUAAAUGACUACUAAAGUUGCUGCAUCUUCAUCUUUGAUUCUUCCUUAAAAUGAUCCCUGUGACUACUUCCUGUCUUUGGCCUCUUGAAUCCUUCUGCUCCUACUUCCUUUUCCUUUUGAUCAUCCUUCUUUUCAAGCUCAUCCAUUUUCCUUCUGUCAUAUUUUUGGCAGCUCAAUUUCUACUGUUCUCUUGGCCAAAAGCUUUCAGUGCCAUGAUAAUAAGAAUUUUUAUUUACUUGUAUCUGGUGAGAUUACACCCGAGUUAUUUCAAGUGUUUUUUUUUAUUUUACAGCACAUAAUGAGCAUAAAGUUAUAUUAAGAGACUAGGGGGGGGGGAGUUGUAUUUCUAGUAAAUACAAAAAUUUGCUGUUGAAAAGAAGGAAAGGCACUCACUGGUGGUAUCAGAUGAAGACCCUGUAUAAAUAAAUUCUAGAAAGCAC